AUGACUGAAUUUUUGGAAAUAAAUAACGUGGGUAGAGUCUUUGGAAUAACAAUUGGUAUCUUUAGUACAUUGGUUAAAACUUAUUUGUUCUUGUUCAUCUCUAUCACAACAAGAUGGACUUUACCUAGACUAAGAAUGGAUCAACUAUUAAAUCUUGGAUGGAAAUUUCUUUUACCUAUCUCUCUCGGUAAUCUAUUAUUAACAACCUCUUCCCAACUCCUUUCACUAUAA